GUGCUCUGGCUCCGGCUCUGGCUCUGUGAAAGGUGCCCAGCGAUCCAGACGAGAUGCACACACACACAUAUAUAUAUAUAUAUAUACACCCGCACACCUACACUGUCGGCCGCAGCCUGGAUGUUCCGUCGUCGACGUCGCGCCAUCAUUGUCGCAUUGAAGAUUUAUCAUUCGGCGCUCGUCCGCCCGCCCGCUAAAUGAUGGGGCAGGGAUGCUGAGUAGCUACCUGGCGCUUCGUACCCGCAGCAAGAAAAAAUCCCUGCCGAUGACCGAGGGUCUGGUCAAGGCCGAAGCUUGCAGCUCCCCCCCGAUCUGCGCAAUCGAAGUCCUACUUCUCCGCACGAUGAUGACAAGCGAGCCCCAUAUCAGCAUGCGAACUGCAGGACAUAUGGUUUUGGGCGACUUGAGUCAUGGGCAGCUUUUCGUCAAAAGUGUAAUCUCACCAAUUGCCACAUGGUCUUGCACCAAAACGUUGCGUGUCAGGAGUAAGGCUAGCCGGUUUUGCUUUUUAUUUUAAGGAACAAGAACAAAAAAAAAAUCAAU